AAUCCUCUUUCCUUAUUUCACCAACCAACCAUAUGCUGACAAAUGUACACGUGUUACCCUCUUACACCUCCCUCCAAAAAUAUAAAGAAAAUAACAAAUACAACAAAAACAAAAUAUCGCCACCCCGUUUCCCCAAAAUUCUGUUCAGGUACUCCCCGUUCCAGUCCAGGCUCCAGUGCCCCCACUUCGGUUGUAUUAGUAUUCCUUCCACAUUACGUCAAAGACGUUAUUGGUCACAUCUUCAGUUGGUCCCAAUAACUCGAGUUGUUGGGAGUAGGUUCUGUUGGAUCUUAUACCACUCUCUAACACCUCUGCUGAUAGUAACGAAGAUUGCGAUGAUGUUCAAUGGUUAGUUGUUUGAGUUAGAAUGACCAUGGCCUACAAAACCUCAUUAUAAGGAUGAUGAACCCUCGCUAGUUUAAUAUACGACUUGCCAUUGUGGGGGAAAAAAGGUGAAAACCGAAACUUUCCAGCCGUUGAUAUUCUGAUGGAGAUGCAAAAUGGUACCAUAGUUACCAUGGUCCGCGACGCAUCUGAUAGCAACCGAAUUGAGAAGGGAACAAAAUGAUCCACAAUCAACCGAUCGUCUAGCUCCACAGUCGAGAGCCACAGAAAAAAAAAAAAAACAGUCUCAUCAUCGUCAUAAGAGAGAGAGCUUUUGCUCUGCAGUGUCACAUUUCCCCCUCCCUCUGCAGUCCUCCAGUCACGGCCAUGGAGUCGCGAGUCCUCUCACGCGCUGCCGCUCUCCCCCAGCUCCGGAGGCUCCCGCGGGAGAGCGGCGGCUCCUCCUCCUCGUCCAGCUUCCUCUCGAUGAAGCCGAUCAGCGGCGGCGUCGGCGCCGAAGGCGCCGCCGCCAACCUCAUAUGCGGGAGGCAACUCCGCCCGUUCCUCCUCCUCGAGGCCAAGCGCGAGACCGCCGUGAAACCCGUUCUCGCCGCCGCCUCCUCGUCUCCGGCCGAAGGAAGCGAUUCCGCCGGGGCCAAGGUUGGCUUCCUCGAGAAGUACCCGUUCCUCAUCACCGGGUUCUUCUUCUUCAUGUGGUACUUCUUGAAUGUCAUUUUCAACAUCAUGAACAAGAAGAUCUACAAUUACUUCCCCUACCCAUACUUCGUGUCGGUAAUCCAUUUGGCGGUGGGAGUUGUGUACUGUCUGAUCAGCUGGGCCGUGGGCCUUCCAAAGCGCGCGCCAAUAGACGGAAACUUGUUGAAGCUGCUGAUUCCAGUUGCGGUGUGCCAUGCUCUAGGACAUGUGACCAGCAACGUCUCCUUCGCAGCCGUUGCAGUCUCCUUCACCCACACCAUCAAAGCUCUCGAGCCAUUCUUCAAUGCGGCUGCUUCGCAGUUCAUCCUCGGGCAGUCGAUCCCCAUAUCGCUGUGGCUGUCUCUUGCCCCUGUCGUACUCGGUGUGUCGAUGGCGUCGCUGACCGAGCUUUCGUUCAACUGGCUGGGUUUCAUCAGCGCCAUGAUCUCCAACAUUUCCUUCACCUACAGAAGCCUUUACUCCAAGAAGGCUAUGACGGAUAUGGACAGCACUAAUGUGUAUGCGUACAUCUCGAUCAUUGCUCUAAUCGUUUGCAUUCCGCCAGCCAUUUUCGUUGAGGGACCUCAGCUAAUGAAGUACGGGUUCAAUGAUGCGAUCGCCAAAGUUGGGAUGACCAAAUUCGUCACAGACCUGUUCUGGGUUGGACUGUUCUAUCACCUCUACAAUCAGUUGGCCACUAAUACUCUGGAGAGGGUUGCACCGCUGACACAUGCUGUUGGCAAUGUGCUGAAGCGUGUGUUUGUCAUCGGCUUCUCGAUCAUUAUAUUUGGUAACAAAAUCUCGACACAAACUGGGAUCGGAACAUGCAUCGCCAUUGCUGGAGUGGCGAUCUACUCGUUGCUCAAGGCCAAGAUUGAGGAGGAGAAACGGCAAAAGAAAGCCACAUAAGGAAGAAAGGAGCUAUGGCGUGUGGGAGGAAACCUGAUCAUCGGCUUGUAAAGUCUUUCAAAUAUAUUAUGCUACUAUAUUAUUCUUGUGAUCAAGAAGCUCUUUUUUUUCCCUUCUGUUUUCUCUACUUCCUAGUCGUUUUUUUUUUUUUUUUACCUCCUGCAUUAUUGUUCUUUGAUUCCGAGUAACGAUGUUUUGCAAAUUUGCAAACCUCUCAAGUUCUUGUUGACUUGAAAUAAUGUUACUUUCCUUUGUACCUCUCUGUUUAAGAGAGCGUAUCCACAUAUAUAUCAUGUGACUCAUGCCCUAAAAACUUGAGCAAAGCCAUUUUUUUUUUUGAAACAUGUAAUGUAUUCACAUAGAUGCAUAUUUGAUUGUGCCUUUGAUAUGCUCAACUUGCUAGCUCAUCAUUCUGUAUGUGUAACAAGAUUGAAAUUUUCGAGAGAUAUGAGUUUCACAUCUGUGCCAUGUUUUAUUUUUUGGUAUUUUAAUUAUUGUGUCAUUAGAUAACGUGAAUUGUUAAUAUGUAAAUUCCUGAAUUAACACUUACAAUUGUAGUAUAUAUAUUUUUUUUGCAAUGUACCAUUUAUACAUUUUGACUUUGCGAAGAGAUUUUUUUUGUAAAACUGUGAACAAUAUGUGACGACGAGCAACGAUUCAUUACAUCAUAUCUAAUUGCAUCAAACCAAAUAUACUUUGAAUUGAUUUCGAUUACACAAAUCUUUCUUGAAAAUAAAAGAAAACAUUAGUACUUUUAAUCCGAUUUUAAUUCGCAUUAUACUAUUUGGCAAAACCUAUCACACACGGGUUGGAUGAUGUACUCACCCCAUAUACCUAUCUAUCCAUGUGCUUGCUGGCUAGAACAAUUGAGUGUCCAUUAUCAUUAGGCCCAACCCAACAGAGAGAAUCGAGCCCAGCCCACAAAAGGAAGGCGGGAACCGAAUUUCGGGAGGGAGCAGGCCCCCCGCCAUUUGCGUCCGACACAAACCUGAAAACUCAACUUUCUGGUCUCACCUCAAGAUCUCACGUUAACGGCUUCAUCUGCUCCUUCUUCGCAAGCAACCAAAGAAUCCAGGCCAUUCACAGCACAGCACAAACAAGCAAGCAACCUCGUCGACAACGUUAACCAAGACAAAAAAAAAACAUAAACGCAAAGUAAUAACAGUUUGGUCGAGAUCAAAGCAACCUACGAUUGCCACGCAGAACCAAAAUAAAAUAAAAAAGUGGAAGAAAAAAGGAACAAAGAACAGUCGUAGCGUAGAUAAGAAAGAACAAUUGGAACG